AUUAUGGUUAUUAACCCGCGUCCUGAUCUCUUAGGGUUAGGGACAGAGAGGAUCUCGGACAUAAUCCUCAACUCCCCCGCCGUACCUUAGGGAGUGGAGAUUGAAGAGGCUUCUCAGUUCUCAGUAUCGAGAUGAGAUAGCUUGGGAUCGCACAGAAAACCCAUACUCUGAUCGGUCUAAAGACUUCACUUUUGGGCAACCAGAGGACGUUGAGAUAAUAAGAGAGAAAGAUUGAUACGCUGUGGUCCGUCGCUCAGACGGACGGCGAGGGAGUGGAGCAGGUAACUAGUUUACAACUGUUUUCUACCGGCGUGAUGGUCCGCCUAUGUUUUGUUUCAAAAGAUCUCAUCUCUGUGUGGUCUCUUCAAGAAUGAUGAUGACGAGGGAAGAAGACAAAGCAAAAGCAGGACAUGAUUGGAGCGAGUUGCCAUUGGAGCUAUUGGUAGAGAUCGGCCAACGGGUAAUCCUAUUGAAGGAGAAAAUCCGUAUUCGGGCUGUUUGCAAGACAUGGAGGAGAUGCCUCGCCCAGCAGUUGCCUUUACUGUUCCGUCAAUCAUCGCCCACUCUGAUAUUGCCCUACUGCAGCAUCAAUAGUAAUGAGGGCGAGGAUGCUGGUGGUGGUUGCGUCAGCCAGGAAUGCCGCCUUCUUCUGGAUGUGGCGCACAACCAGCGUCACCAUAUCAGUUUUGGGGAAGGCUUAGAGGAAGCUACUUGCCGGGGAUCUGCAUUUGGAUGGCUGUUUAUGUUGCAGAGAACCCCUGUGUUGUUCAACCCUCUCUCAGGGGAUCAGAUUUCGCUCCCACCGAUCACAACAUUUCCGGAGGUGUUGGACUACUGCCCAGAACGAGUGGGGGAAGAAUACCUGCUUCAGAGUUCCGACGGCUCCAAAGUAGUGGCAGGGAAGCGAUAUUUGGAGUCUAUCUAUGUGCAGAGGAUUGCUAUGUCAGCUGAGCCCACUUCAGAGGACUGUGUUGUGAUGGCCCUCUGUAUUCGCGACCAACUGCCGCGAUUAGCGUUUUGCAAGCCGGGAGAUGACAAAUGGACAUUGAUUCCCCAACCCAAUGGCGAACCGUUUGGCUUUGCGAACGUAGUAUUCUGCGGGGGUAAUUUUUAUGCCAAUGAUAACAGGGGGAGGGUUCUCAUUUGUGAUCUUACAAUCCCCAAGCUAUCCUUUUUGGUUACCGAAGCUGAUAUUGUCUGUCUGAACAGUUACCUACUUAUGGGUCCAGAUGACGAGCUGAUGUUUGUGUCGAGACUGGCAGAGGAAGAAGAUAUCGUCUUGGGAGUGGAUGAUGAUGACAGUGAAGUGAAUGCAGCAGGUAUUUACAAUGGAUUCCCAAUUCCUCACGUGCAUCAUGUAGAAGGACAAGGACAAGGACAAGGACAAGAAGAAGAGGAAGAAGAAGUUGAUAAUAAUGGCCUUGCCGAGGACAUAGCAGGUGUGGAAGAGGAUGGCCUAGGCCCUCUCGAAGAAGAAGAAGAAGAAGAAGUUGAUGGUCAUGAAGAGGAUGCAGCAGGUAUGUUGUACAUCAGGGAUUCCGACGAGUUGCUGCAGGCGCCUUGGAUGUAUUGGACAUUUGAUUUUAGAGUUUACAAACUCAACAAGGAUACAAAUGAAUGGGAUCAGGUUCAAACCAUUGGUGACUAUGCUUUGUUCUUAGGUACCAAUUCCCCUGCUUGCCUCUCUACCAAAGAUAAUUUGGGACUGAAAUCGAACUGCAUUUAUUUCACCGAUGACAAUUUCAACUCGCACUUCAGGCACAGGCAUGGUGGUCAUGAUAUGGGCAUAUACCAUCUGAGCGAUGACACCAUUGAGUCAUCCUAUGGUACCAACUCAAAUAGGCCUUUCCUAGUUUGGCCCCCACCUGUUUGGGUUUCGCAUUCUAUUUAUUAGCUCGUAAGAAAGUUCCUUCCAAAUGCAAUUUCUGUUUUCCCUGCUGUAUAAUGUAUCUGCUCUCUUCACUGUACCAUUGAUUCUAAUCCAUCUCUAUGUUCAACAU